AUGGAGCUCUUCUUCACUCCAACACCCGUCUUCAUUGCCAAGAAGGAACACAUUUUCGGGAGGAACUUUUAUGGUGCGAAACCUCAGUUCUGUGGGGAUGGGCGAGAUUGCAUGAUGGUUGCUAUUGAGUGCGACACUGUCGAUAUGCUCAAGGACCCUUGUCUUGUUCUUAGGGUUUACAGUGAAGUGGUGAUGCAGAUCAGGAGAUUGAAGUGGAAGCUUCGCAACAAUGGGACAAUACUAGUCGAUGAUUCUCCCAGGCCAGUUGAGGUUGUUUGGGAUGUCAUGACUGGUUGUUGGGUAGUGCAGAUGUUCAAGUUCCAAACUUGCGUAUCUGCUGAGAAACUGUGGAACGGACUGCCGAUGUUUGAUCCUUCUGCUUUGACUAUGUCUGAAUCACAGAGGUUCAGAGAUUACCAAAUACAAGGCCAGGAUGAGCCGGAAAAGCUUUUGCCCCCUCCUCCUUUUCUUUUCUUCCAGAACCUGAAAAUGGGAACUCUAUCGCCAUUUUUGCCUUUGCCUUGCCCGCUGGUUUGUUCCCCACAAAGUCGCAGUUGCUGCUUACCAUCCUCAACCCUCCAGACAUGGCGUCGCUACCCUUUGAAGAAGCCCCUGAAUCCCAGCAGAGCCGUAGUAGUCGUCCAUGGCGGUAGAAAUAAUGCCGGCGUCCCACCACCAGACGGGUCCCAGUACAUGGAUAAGAAUGGUGUGGUGGAAGACAUGGAUGGCUAUCUCAACUAUCUCUCGCUCGAAUACGAUUCUGUCUGGGACACCAAACCAUCUUGGUAGUGCCAACCCUGGACUAUAACUCUAACAGGGGUACUGAUAACCGGUGCUAGCUGGGUGAUUUUGCAGUCAGUUGCAAUCACUUUGGUUGUUCUCACCUUAAUAUCUGCUUGGUGGUACAUUUUCCUCUAUUCUUAUCCCAAGGUUUUGUGCCAGUAAGGAUGGAUGUCAAUGUUAGGAAAGUAUCAAGUAUAGUUAGGGAAUAGCAGUACUUGGGAUAUGUUUUGGGUUUUGACCUCUGUCUAAUUGCUUAUAAGAAUCACCCAAAGGUUUCAUGUCAAAGUUCUACAAUGAUCAUUAGUAUAGCAAAGCUGCAAUGGAGGAUCUCUACCUCAAUGGCGUUGAUCAGUCCUUCUGGAUAGAGUCGUAUUCUGUAUGUGUUGUAGCAGCAAGGAAUGAGAUUGGUUUUUGAAUUUCCUCACUGUUACCUAUGGCAGGCUUACUCAGAGAUGAUCGCUGAACGAAGAAAGAGAGUGACGAGUGGUGAUGAAGAUACAUUUGGUUUGAAGAGGAGUCAAUUAAAUGAGUUUUGAACACUCAUAUGCCCUUGUAAUCUCAGUUGGAUGUAUUUGGAGUAAUCAGCCAAGAGUUCAUGGCUUCAUGUCUCUUGGCGAGUUGUAUCUUCUUUGUUCUGAUUACUCUUUAAUUUGAUGCUGGAAAAGCUUGUAAAUGGUCAUUUUGUAUGUUUGUGUGAGUACCAACUGCCAAGUGAACCACAGAGCGGGGAAUCAUACUGGCAAGACACAACCCAUCUCAUUGAUGAUGAUCUGAUAGCUGCAGCUUAAAAUUACACAAAACACUUAGCCUCGUGGACUACUGAGACAGAACACUUUAUACGUUAAACCAUCC